ACGAAUCGUGUCGACAAUAUAUUUUCUUGGCUGAUUUCGUUGUGAGAAGUUUGAUCAGUGCGUGAACGAAUCAUUCAAAUUCGUGAAAAUGGCACCCAAGGAAACAACGAAGAAAACCCUUAAAAGAAAGGCAACGCCGAUCCAACCAAAGGAACCCACAAAACGUCAACGGAAGAUCAAUACCACACCCAAACCGAAGAAAUGCAUCCAAUGGGUUAAUCCGGCGCUCAACCUAAUCCAGAACGUCGCUGGACAUCCAACGGUACACGCUUUGACUCAAUAUGCCCACAGCCCCAUCCUCCAGCUUCCCCUGCAGGCAGGUAUUCUGACACAAGAUACCAUACAUCGACACUUUGAGCCAACAUCGUGGAACAUAACUUAUCCGGUUCCCUUGAUAACGCACCCAAACAAUCCUGAGUACGGUCAGCGGGAAUUCAUUGAUCCUAUACUGAGGUUGGUGAAAGCCAAAAAGUCUCAUUCUACUACUUUGCAUCGUAUGAAGAGUACCUAUUCGAGAAAGAAAACCAUGUUAAAGAAGGUUUGCAAAGGAAAGGAACGAAGUUUGUAUUCCAGCAUGGUUUUUAAAGUUGCCGAACAGAUUGAACGCGACCCAGAUCGAUGGUUCUCCGAUAUAUUUGGAUACGAUUACUACUUUACCGGAGGGAAUAUGGCCAUUGUCGAUAGCGAGAAAUUCAGAUGCAUUAUAAACACCGUAGGCGAGAAGAUGGAUGUAGUUGAAAUAGUUCAAUUCACAGUGGAUGAAAAUCGCCUGAAUGUAGACAACAACCAGUUGGAACGGUAUGAGCUUAGUAAAGAACAUGGAGCAGUAUUCGAGAUAUGCUGGUCGGAAACAGAAGAUGCAUUUGAGGAUGAGUCAUUUUUGGACAACAGCGACUUGAAUGUUUUCACUGAUGCAUGUUUGAUGAUUGCUGUUAGGAGGAAGCAUAAGAUUGAUGUACUUUUGACUAAUGGUAAUUCCAAGAAAACUAAGAUAAUUUCAUCAGAGAUACCAUUUAUUACCUGUUGCUUUCCUCAAGAAAGAGGUGAUUCUCUUCUAUGCACUUCUGAUAUGAAUAAAAAGCUUAAAAUCUGGAAUUAUGGCAAAAAUGAAGUGCUUCAUGAGUUGCAACUUAAAAGGGCGGACGGAGCGGAUGAUUGCUGGACAUGUAUUCGCCCAAUCAGAAAGAACUACGUGGUUUGUUUGGACCGAACCACAAUCAAAUUGUUCAAUACUACAUUGAAUCUAGCGUUAGUGCUAGAAACCCCCCUUGCCGUGUGGUUAUGGACAUGUGAAAGAGCAUCCUGCAUGGAAGUUUGCAUUGAAAACAGGUUCCUGUUCAUAGGAACAACUCAUAAAUUGCUGGUCAUUCAACUGGUUGACUCGCAAGACAACGGACCGCCGGAAUUUCAACAGAUCAUUACCUUUACACACAGUUUGAAGCACUUCCCGACGAUGGUCAAGUAUGGGUCGGAUUCCUAUCAAAACUACUACGUUUGGAUUUCGUCGCAAAUGCCCGGUGAUACGACAAUUUGCAACUUUUCAAAAGUACCUCCUAAACGGUUCGCCACCAAUAAUCUACCGCAAAAACCGUUCACAGUUCACGAAUCAUAUCAUUUGGCCUGUAUCAAGGGGAAAUGCAUCUACUCAGCAUCUGCUUUGAAACAUCGACUCCACCUGUUCCAUUCCGGCUUGGCCAUGCUGGUUGAUUCCGAUCGCACCCAUUUACUCUUGCAAACCUCGUUCGGUGACAUCUUCCACCAGCAAGUCAUCGAUGAACACGACGAAAGCAAUGCCAACGAAAUUCCCACUCUCUACCACUCGUGGAUGCUCAAACUCAACACACUCAACGAUGAGCAACCAAGGCCUCUAGCAACAGACUUUAAAAGUUUUCACGGUUUCAAAAAGAUCCUUACCUGCACCAACAUCGAUCCUCCAAUUGUUUCUGAACAUCCGGAUAACCCCUUCCGAAAGCGUUUACGUUGGAAGCAGACAGUCGAACAGCUUCAUCAAUAUAAAGACCUCCUAGCACCGGGCAUGCUUUCGAUCUGGGGCUAUCGUCCGGAUGUCACUCGCGAAAAGCAAAAACGGCGACGGCUGUCCACCGACGAACCGAUGGAUGUAACGGAUCGUGUUGCCAGCUGGCUGGAUACUACUGCAGUUGAUGUUACGGUUACCAAGGAACAUCAGGAAGUAAUGGAAGGGACGGCGAUCGUGCAGAUUGUCAGUUGUCGUGAGGAUAUGCUUCAAAGCGAGAUGGAAAUCGUUGAGGAUGUAAAGCCAGUAAUUGCGCACGAUACUGAUGUAACGUUCAUUGGUCCGGUUAGUUCCAGUGGAAUAGUGGCUAGGAAACCAAGAGAAGCGACGAAACCGAAUAGAAGGAAGUACGUUAAAGGAUUCUGAGAUCCGAAGGGAAUCUGUACUUGAAUAUUUUUUUUAAACUGCUAAA